AUGACCCUGAUCCAUAUCGUCCUCUUCAAAUUCAAACCGGAAGUGACAGAGGAGCAUAAGGCCACGUUUGUGCGCGAGCUUAAGAAACUCAAGCAUUUGCCGUGUGUCAAAGAUAAUCGGCUAAUUGUUGGUGGACCUUCUGUCACGGAUCCCAUCGAGCGAAGCAAGGGUUUCGAGUUCUCCCUUGUCAGCUAUCACAAUGAUCGUGCCGCUUUGGAAGAAUAUCAGGCGAGCAAAGAACAUCACUGGGUGACGUCUACAUACAUGUUUCCCUACAAGGAGGACUUGUGCCGAUUUGAUUUUGAAGUGGAUCCAGAGGAUGAGUAUAUGUGCGAUGCCCUGUCAGCCAGUGUAUUUCUGAAUAGCGAGGAUAACAGUUAA